AGUGAUGGCGAUCGCCGUGGGCCGUUCGGCACCGUGCGCGAUCCAGGGGCAGAGCGAAAACGCGAGCGAGGUUUAAAGUUAGUGCCGCACACCACGGAGCGUAGUUAAUGUGUAGGAGAAACAGCUCAGCCCGGCACGUGGGAAAAUCCCGGGCUCACCAUGGAUGCGACCGGCCACAGCGUCUUCCUCCUCCAGCAGCUGAACAUGCAGCGGGAGUUUGGCUUUCUGUGUGACUGCACAGUUGCCAUUGGAGAUGUUUACUUCAAAGCCCACAGAGCGGUGCUCGCUGCUUUUUCAAGCUAUUUUAAGAUGAUAUUUAUCCAUCAGACGAGUGAAUGCAUAAAGAUUCAGCCUACAGACAUCCAGCCUGACAUAUUUAGUUACUUGUUGCAUAUUAUGUACACCGGGAAAGGGCCGAAACAGACUGUCAGCAAGAGCCGACUGGAGGAGGGCAUCCGCUUUCUCCAUGCAGACCACCUCUCCCAUAUCGCAAUUGAGAUGAACCAAGUGUUAUCUCCAGAGCUGGUGCAGUCUUCAAAUUUGUAUGGGAUCCAGAUCUCGACCACACACAAACCAGCAAAGGAAUGCCUGGGAACGAAGGAGAGCCUGCCCAAGGCGGGCAGCAGGCCUGCUGCCCAAGGUGAUCACCCCCAGCUGCAGCUCUCCCUGGCCAUCGGCCUGGAUGACAGCUCCCUGGACCAGCAGGUUGCUUGCCCCUCCGCUCAGCCCGCUGCUGUCACUAAGCCAGCAGAAGAGCAUCCGAAGCUCUCGGUCUCCAUAAAGCAGGAGAGGUGUGAUUCGGAGCCUGUGGUGUCCCAGAGCUGCACCCAUCCUUCUCCAGAGGUAGCGAGCCCCAUCUUUGCUAAGGCCAGCCUCAAGGUGCACUUGUGUCACUAUUGCGGGGAGCGUUUCAGCUCCCGGGGGGGACUGCGGCAGCACUUGCACACCCAUGUCUCGGGCUCACUGCCGUUUGGCGUGCCAGCCUCCAUCCUCGAGAGCAGCGACCUGGGAGAGGUGCAGCCUUUGGCUGAGGACAGGGAGGCUAGGGAUGGCCACCGGCUGGGGACCUUCCUCCUGAAGGAGGAUGCCCAUCAGCUGGAGCAUCCGAGGUGCAGCGACCUGGACCCUCUGCAGAUCAGCCAGCUCUCACUCAUCUCCAAGGACCAUGAACCAGUGGAGUUGAACUGCAAUUUUUCUUUCUCAAGAAAGAGAAAAAUCAGUUGUACCAUUUGCAGCCGCACGUUUUUCCGGAAGAGCCAGCUGCUUGAGCACAUGUACACACACACAGGGAAACAGCACAAAUACGGACGCUGCCAGCGGCUGGAGAGCCCUGCAACCCCCAGGUUUCAUCCUUACUGUGACAGUGAGAGCACAGGCAAGAGCUCCAGUUUACCUCAAGACCACUUAGAUGAAUGUAUACUGGAGUCAGAUCUCAUCCAAGAGAGCGUUGAUACAAUCCUGGUAGAGUAGUUCUUCCCCUGUGCAGCCUUCAGAUAUUGAAACUGAGUAUUUUGGCAUUCUCUGCAUAGUGAGUGACUGCUCUCUGCAGCUGACUUUCUUCAGCCACCAUUCCCGUCACCUCUGAGAUGACUGUGAAGAACUGUGUACUUUGAUCUGUGUACUUGCUUUUUUACUUCUCUAACUUUCAAACUGAAGCUAAUUCCCACCCAAGUCCUACUUGGAAUCCUCCAUGUAACUCAGUUACAUUUUUGGUAAAUGUGAAUCUAUUCCUGCUCUGCUUUACUAGAGUUAAGCCUGUGUUGCUGGGUGUGAGGUUUAAACUUUGCUAAUAUGCUGUGCGGUGCCUAGGACUGUUUGUAUCCCAUAUAGUUGCUUUUCUGAAACUAGAUUGGGUGGAAACAUAGAGGGAAAUAUGUGUUGAAUUUCCCAAAGAGUUUGCUUUUAAUUAAGUAUCUCAAGGAGAUGAAUCCUGAUGUUUGUAUCGUAUAACUGUAGUUAAUAAAUCUCUGCAUAAAUACAUGCAGGAGCCGUAAGGCUGGUCUUUUCGCGGGAACUGGCAGUGCUGAUGGAGGGGUGGCAACUUUUGCUCUGACAGCCCCUGGAGUCCUGUCAGUACAAUCUUUUACUUUUGGACUCGAGGUUUGCAUGUAUUUUUCUUCAUUCCUAUGCCUCCUUGACAGCUGCUACUGCAUAAGCAGAGACAAAUUUUGAUGCCCCUCUAAGACCACAUCCCAUUAUUGGACCAUCUCUGCAAGGACGAAUGAAAGCUGCAAAGAUGUGUUCUCUCAGAGAGGAGGCACAUCCUAACCUGAGUCUUUGUGGGAUUAAAUGGCACACAUUGAUUUUCUCAGCAAAAAUGAUUUCUGACUAUUAUAAACAGCUUGGUGCAAACACGUUCUUAAACAUUACAGUCUGUGUGUUUGGUGUGAGCAAACACAUAAUGUGUUAUUUCUUCUCUGCUUAUGGAGUCACCACACAUCUUUUUGCCUUUCAUUUGUCAUUACUUGAUAUCUGAAGAGUAAUGAAUUAUCCAAGAAGGCUUAAAAAUUAUAUGCAUUCUUCUUGGAUUCAUGUUUUGUCCCUCUAGUUUUUCACCUGAGAUAUGCUCAGCUUCCUACCAAAUGGACACCCCUCAAGAGAUGCUCAUAAUCAGAAGGCCUCAAAGAGGCCCACAAAGUUCUUACAAGUGCAAAGGUUUCUUCUGCAGUGAAGAGCAAAAGCCCCGAGAGCUGCUCCUGUAAUCUCAUUACCCAGUUUUUGAGAAGCUGGAGGCUCCCUGCCAGUCCUGGUGUGUUGAGUCAUUGCCUUCGGAAAGGGGGAGCCUGAACAAUGGUGAGGAACUGUCAAAGUGCCCUCUCCAAAGCUCUUUGUAGUCAGGACCCUCGACCUGUCUUCUUUGAAACUAUCCUGAAGCAAGAGCUACAAGUAAAUCGCUGCCGAAUGAAAAGACCAUCUGAGGUCUUUGUGAGGGCAGCUGCUGCUUCUCCUGGGCAGGGAGCUGCACACUCCAGGGGAGGGAUUGGUCACUGAGAGCUGCCAAAUUGUGUUUUAAGACAAAGGGGAAAAACAGCCUCUGAGGCUGCCCGGAUGAUGUUACAAAAUGCAUGCCGCGGUUUGGUGUGUGCUUGCCUCUUAGACAGAGGGCUCCUCUCACUGCAUGUACCCAUCAAAGCUGGUCUGGUGUGAAUGCAUUGUAACUCUGCUUAAAAAGCCUUUCUUUAAUACAAGUAAAGCAACAAAACCCUGCUGACAUCCAGGCCUGCAAAUGCUGUAUCUAAGCAUGUAGUGCUGCACGUGGAGUGCUUCCUAGAAGAGAGCCUUCUGGGUCUUUCACAGGGUAAUCCCACCAGUUUACUCGCACCCAGACUGCUUAUAACUGGGGCCAAUGUCCUCUGGCUUCCACUGAUCUCUAUUUCUACAUGAUGGUAAAAAAACACAAAACAACCAAACCAUAAAAAAUGGUAUUUUAUUAUCAUUCCCUAUUUGUGUGCAACACUUUGCCGAGUGGGCUGGCUUCUCUGGGUGCUGCUGCUUCCCUUGGGUUCCCACAUUUAUUUUAAGAACAAAAAGGAGUAUCUGCUGGGUUGGGUAUAGCUGUAGACAAAAGCUAAAAGUGAGUUUCCAGACUAUUCAGUCAGUAGAUGAACAUCUUGGAACUUUAGACGCCUAACUUCCUUGAACUAGUUGAUGCUGAAAGUCAAACAGCCCUUGACGUCUCUGCAAAGAUAACUGGGUACUGGUAAUAGAGCUCAGUACUGGGGAUGGCAGGGGGGACAGCAAGCAGCAGUGCCCAAAGGCAUCUCUGGGACAUGCUGGUCACCUUCAGGUUUGUGGCAAGGAUUGUUUUGUUCACUUGUUGGUUAUUAAAAGGGAGCUUUAAUAAAAACUGGGGGCUUGGGUAGAAGAUCCAAAUGUCUAUCAGCAAUAUGUAUGUAUGUCUUGUAGGAGUGACUCCAGAGUACUGACUGCAAGUACAUCCUUAAGGCUGAAAUCAUCCUGAAAUCAGAA